CUGAUAGCCGGUCAGCGCGCAGUGGAAGCUUAGACGGCAGACUCGAAAGAUGUUUCUUCUAACAUUUGUCUUUCUAUCGGUGAUUGUCUAUCUAGGCCUUAAAUACGUCUAUUCCUACUGGGAUCGUCAUGGAGUUCCAAAUCUAAAGCCAAGCAUUCCCUUCGGAAAUCUUGAAACCGUGGCCAAAAAGACCGAAUCGUUCGGAAUUGCGGUCAACAGUUUGUAUUGGAAGAGCCAAGAAAAGCUGGUUGGGAUUUAUUUGUUCUUCACACCGGCUAUUCUGAUCCGCGAUGCUCACGUUUCCCAUCAGAUCUUGACCACCGAUUUCAACCAUUUCCACGAUCGAGGAGUCUACUGCAAUGAGAAGGGUGACCCAUUUUCGGCGCAUUUGUUUGCUCUUCCUGGCAAACGAUGGAGAAAUUUGCGCAACAAAUUCACUCCGACCUUCACUUCUGGCCAGUUGCGCAACAUGUUGCCCACCAUUCUGAACGUUGGUCAUCGCUUGCGGAAAUAUCUGGAACCAAUUGCCGUAAAGGGUGAGAUCGUUGAGAUGCGUAACGUAAUGUCCCGUUUCAUGCAGGAGAUAGUAGCCACUGUGUUUUUCGGGUACGAAGCCAACUGCAUAAACGAUCCGGAAGAUUCGUUCAGCACUAUUGUGGGACACAUUCAGCGGGACAGUUUUUCUGUUAAUUUCCGAUCGGCUGCCGCAUUCGUUUGCCCGGCGCUAUUAAAAUUCACAGGGGUAGGCUCUUUACCUCCGGAAGCUUGUGAGUUUGUGACGAAAGUUAUCACCGAACAAAUUGAACAUCGUGAAAAGAAUAAAGUCAACAGAAAAGAUUUCAUCCAGCAACUGAUCGAUCUUCGUCAGGAUGAUAGCAAAAAUGAUGAAAUCCAGCUGAGUUUGGGUGAGUGUGCUGCAAACAUCUUCUUGUUUUACAUAGCCGGAUCGGAAACCUCGACCGGAGCAAUCACAUUUUCUUUACACGAGCUGACUCAAAAUCCGGAAGUCAUGCAAAAGCUUCUGAACGAGAUCGACGAGACACUGGCAAAAUCGAACGGCGACAUUAACUACGACGUGGUGAAACAAAUGAAAUACCUGGACCUGUGUGUGAAGGAAACUUUGAGGAAGUAUCCGGGGCUGCCAAUUCUUAACCGAGAGUGCACACAGGAUUAUCGUGUGCCGAACUCGAAGAUGGUCAUCCGAAAGGGCACCCAGGUGGUCAUUCCAUUGCGAGCGUACGGUAUGAGCGAGGAAUAUUUCCCGGAACCGGACCGAUACAGCCCGGAGCGGUUUGAGGGAGCGACGAAAAAUUUCGACGACAAGGCUUACUUUCCAUUCGGGGAGGGUCCGCGGAAUUGUAUAGGUUCGCGCAUGGGUGAAAUGAUAACCAAAAUCGGACUAAUUUUUCUUCUGUCCAGUUUUAACUUUGCGGCAACCAAGGGGCCAAAGAUUGAGUUCAGCCCUGCUGUGGUGCCAUUGGUACCCAAGGGUGGCAUUUCUUUGAGGAUAACUAGGCGCCAUACAGUGUCUCAGUAUAGCGAAACACUGGAAAGCCACAUUCGUUUGUCACUUCGACAGAGAAUGUUUCUCUACACGCUCGCGCUUUUCUGGGCAGCCGUUUGGUUAGGCCUGAAGUACGUCUACUCCUACUGGGACCGCAAUGGACUGCCGAACGUAAAACCGAACAUACCAUUCGGGAACCUGGCAAGCGUUGCCAGAAAGCAGAAAUCCUUCGGCGUGGCUGUCAACGAACUGUACUGGAAAACGACAGGGCCACUGGUCGGAAUCUAUCUGUUCUUUCGACCGGCUAUUCUGAUUCGGGAUCCCCAUCUCGCGCAACGAAUAAUUACUACGGAUUUCGGUCAUUUCCACGAUCGAGGCGUUUAUUGUAACGAGAAAGGGGAUCCUUUUUCGGCGAAUCUGUUUGCCCUGCCCGGUAAACGGUGGAAGGAUCUUCGAAAUAAGCUAAGUCCAACGUUUACUCCCGGGCAAAUGCGAAGCAUGUGGCCAACCAUUCUAGAACUAAGCAAAAAGUUUCACAAACAUCUUGAACCGAUGGCCAAUAAGCGGGAAGUGGUUGAGAUGCGUGAUAUAAGCUCCCGCUACGUGUUAGAGUUGAUAGCUUCGGUGUUCUUUGGAAUCGACGCAAAUUGCAUCGAAGAUCCGGAAGAUUCUUUUCGCCGUGUUCUGCGUAAUGCUCAGCAGGAGCGAUUCAUAACCAACUACCGUAAUGCCGGCGUGUUUCUCUGCCCGGAUCUGCUCAGGAUAGCGAGAACCACUUCUUUGCAUCCGGAAGUAAUUGAAUUUGUGACGCAGAUCAUCACCAAACAAAUUGAGCACCGGGAGAGAAACGGAGUUGUACGAAGAGAUUUCAUUCAACAGUUAAUCGAUCUGCGAAGAGAGGAUGGCAGUCUCACCUUGAGUUUAGGUCAAUGUGCCGCUAAUGUGUUUCUGUUUUACGUGGCCGGUUCCGAACCGUCAACUGCGUCGAUUAUUUUCACACUACAUGAACUAAGUCACAACCCGGAACUGAUGAAGCGUCUGCAGGCGGAAAUAGACGAAACACUGGUGAACUCGAAUGGAGAGAUGAACUACGAAAUUAUGAACGAAAUGAAACUGCUGGAUUUGUGUGUGAAGGAGACUUUGAGGAAGUAUCCGGGACUGCCGAUACUCAACAGAGAAUGUACCGAAGAGUAUCGAGUACCAGACUCGAGUGUUGUGAUUAAAAAAGGUACUCAGCUAGUGAUUCCUCUGCUGGCAUUCAGCAUGGAUGAGAAGUACUUUCCAGAACCGGAUCGGUACGAUCCGGAACGGUUCGAUGAGGCUGCCAAACGUUACGAUGAGAAGGCGUAUUACCCUUUCGGGGAGGGUCCUCGGUUUUGCAUAGGUUUUCGCUGGGGCGUCGUUGUUGCGAAAAUUGGGCUGAUUUUGCUGCUGUCGAGGUACAACUUUGAAGCGGUUCGGGGGCCGAAAAUUGAGUUCAGCCCAACUCUGGUGACGCUAGUGCCUAAGGGUGGUAUACCGCUGAGGAUCUCGAACAGACUGUGAAGUGUUGGCCUGAAGUAGAUUUCGUGUUAGUUGUGAAAUGUGAUAAAAUGAGCCAAAUAUUUGAUUUAA